AUGGUCAGAUUCCUUUCUUUUGCAUCUCCCAAAGGCGUUUUGGUUGCUCUCGGCGCCGCCAACUUCACCGAGGCCGGCUUUCUAAGUGACGACUGCGGUUUCAUGGGUGAUGGCCCAGAGUUUACCUUGCGUGGCGACGGAUCCAUCACGACUUACUGCAACGACAAGAUCUGCAGCACCGUGACGUUCACCGUCAUCAAUCUGAACGACUGCAUCACCAACGUGUAUGGUGACCUCCAACCCAAGGCCGAGGGAUACUACGGCAAUUUUUGGCAAAGCUGCAGGGAGUGCAGGAUCGAGGGCAGUGAUAUUGUCUGCCAGUGCGCCAAGGGCGAUGGAAGCUUCAAGGAGUCCUCUCUCAACGUUGACGACAUCGUUCAUAACUAUAAUGGAUACCUGUCCUGUCACGGUCAGAUUUCAAACUGCUACCCGAUGCGCUGGAGUUGCAAGCCCGCAAACUGGUGGCCUGACGGGUGGCGUCCCACUAUCGUCGACACCCCGUGUGACAUCUGGCAAGCCGCCAUGAUGCCGCCUGCAAACUUGGCAUUGCCUCCAGGUUUGACGCUGUCGACUGAUCUGGUGUCCGAAGCAAGGACGUAG